CGCGUCCUUGUCGAGACAGCUCGUUAUUGAUCCUUUUCAGCAUUCUCCUUGUCACGACUCGGCACAGGCGCUUGUCAACCAUCGCUGCCUUCAUUUCCUGUCGGUCUUCCAUCAUAUCGGUCCGUCAUGGCAUAAACGCUUCACGAACACCACUCCUGGAGAGCCGGAUACCAGCUUGCAGCCACCGUGCUUUCAGGACCUCCAAACGUUGCUGUGCGUGUUUCGCCUUCCCCCCGGCGCACCGCCGCCUCGUGGCAUCGUGCUACUUCCUCUUUCGACAGCAGGCACAAGCCAGCCCGUCCUCGUCAGCCUACCCGACGGCUUCAUUUCAUCUCAUUAAACUUUCCCUGUCCUCUCAUUACCUGUCACCUUUAAAUCUACAACACGGUACUUGACACACUCGAUCCACGUCCCCAGCCAUCCCUAGGGUCCAGCCACGUCGCCCUCUCCACAUAUCUGCUUCCCCGCAACCCAUCAUCGGACCGCUCGAGGCUCGCCAGUAGAACAUUACCGAUGAGCUACACCAAUGGCUCCACAUUCUCGGACAUGCAAGGCAAAAUGCGCGUCGUGCCCAACGGCAACAGCAACGGCUACGGCGACGCCCGCGGCGCACCCACCCCUUCACCAGGCGACUACUCCGACUCCGCCUACGACCCCUAUGCAAGCCCAUCUCCCCACCCCGUGGUGCCCACGAACGCACCACCUGCGCAGCACGCGAAUGGGAACGGGAACCCAACCAUGCGCUACUUCGCCAACGCCGCCAAGCAGCGCCCGCGGGACGUCACCUGGAUCUCACAGCCCACGUCCGCGCACACCGCUGCGCCCAUCACGCCGCACGACCACUGGCCGCCGCCGUCCAUGUCCGGCCAGGGCAUGCGCUCCAUGCAGAGCCUGCUCACGCCCGUUAUGGGCACCGGGAACGCCAGGCCGAGCCCUGCGAACGGCACCGGGGAUGCCUACACGGAUAACGGGCGGGGUACAAGGAGCGGGCGGGGCGAAAGCAGAGGUAGAGGAGAGGCGGGGUCUGGGAGCGGGUAUGGGAGCGGGUAUGGGUAUGGGUAUGACGGGAACAGCAAUGGCAACGUGCGCUCGGAGCGCGAGAGCGAGGUCGACACCGAGUUCAUGACUAUCACGGACGCCAAUAUCCCCUCGGACGCCGCGUACGACAACUGGUACCAGAGCCAGGCGAGCCGCGCGGCGGCCAACAGCGAGAAGCUCGCGUCGGUGACGACGAACAAGGGCGCGGGAACGGGCAACAGGUUCGUCGGCGGGUUCGUAAGGGGGAUACGCAAGGUGAUGUCCAAGGGCCGCAUGAAGGACCGCAGGGGCGCGGCGUACCCCGGCGGCGGCGCAGGCGGGAGCGCGGCGGCGCUCAGGGAGCGGAUCAAUCUGAACGAGAGCGCGACGACGAUUACGCCCUCGCCGAUGCAGAUGCAGCAGAGCCAGCAGGGGCAGCUCCCGCGCUACAGGAUGGACCCGCAGCUCGGCAUGGUGCCGUCGCCGAUGGCGUCGCACGUCGAUAUGGAUAUGGGUACGGAUGGAGGCGCGGAUGUGCGGGUGGAGAUCGAGCCUGCGUCGCCGUACGAGCAUGGUCGUGGCCACGAGCACGAGCACGAGAAUGGGUAUGCGCAGCAGUAUCAGUACGCGAACGGCGACGCGGUCUACGGUGCACCCUCGCCUGGUGGCCAUCUCUCCGUGCUCGACGGCGGGAGCGGGAGCAGGGGCGACCGUUCGCCCCUGUCUGCCGUGCACGAGGUCGCGUCCGACCCGGACUCGGACGUGGAAGACGACGAGUUCGAAGUCGAAGUCGCAGACGUCGACCCGGACUCGGACGACGCGAUCGACCCGGAUCUCGACAUGCACCUCGACGAGCCGCCCGUCAUCCCGCCUGGCCCGGGCCCGCGGCCCCUGCUCCACGUCGACAGCAGCAACAGCAACAGUCACAGCGACAGCCAGGGCCGCGUGCUGAGCACGACCGACCCCUCCCUGCUCGAGUCGCCCGUGCUCGUCGAGCCCCCGCUCGCACCCGACUUCGCGUCCAUGCCGCACGACCACCCGCCGCCCUCCGCCGCGCCCUCGAAGACGUUCCACGAGCGCGCAGGCGCGCUCAAGGGGCUCAUCGCGAGGGUGAACGCGUAUCCGUGGGUCACGCCGUCGACGGUCGCGGCGGACUAUUACCCCGCGGAGAGCGCGUACGCGCGCGUGGCGCUGCUGCAUGCGCGCGAGCACGGGCAUACGGCGCCAGAGGCGAUUAAGCCGGCCAAGUCGUGGUAUCAGGGCGGCGCGGGAGGGGGAGCGGGAGGGGGAGCGGCGGCGAGUGCGCUGGAUUUGUUGGGUACGCCGGGGGGGAUGGGGCCGGUGGCGAGGGCGGGGCCGGGGCUGGCGGAGAAGCUGUUUCCGGUUGCGGGGGUGGGUACGUAUGGUGCGGGUGCGGGCCCCCGUGCGUUGCCUGUGCCGCCGGGACAGCCGCAGGUGCAGGCGCAGUGGCCGCCGCCGUUUCCGGACCCGCGGGGGAUGCCUAUGGGGUGGGCGUCUGUUGGGCCGAUGGCGGCUGGGUCUACUCCGCAUCACCAACAUCAUCAUCAUCAUCAUCGUUCGUCACGGCAUCGACACACUCAUGAUCACGACCGCGAUCGUGAACACGAGCACGGGCAUGAUCCAGACAGGGCACGCUCGCACUCGCCGCAGUCGCAGUCACACUCGUCGCACACGCAUUCGUCAACUUCGCAUUCACAUUCGCACUCGCAUCAAUCGCACAGCUCGCAUUCACGCUCGCACCGCACGCACCGAUCCCACCGCUCGCAUUCGCAGUCGCGCUCGACCUCGCCCACCGGCACCGGCACCGGCACCACCACCACCACGCACACCCGCACGGGCACAGGCACAGGCACAGGCACGGGGACGGGGACGGGGACGAACACGCGCCCGACGACAGGCGCAUACGACGUCGACGAGCACGGGUACCCGCGUCCGCCGGCGGGCUACGCGCGCGCGUACGUCGGGCAGCCGCUGUUCGUGUACCCCACGGGGCUGCCGCCUGGGUUUCAGCCGACGCAGCCGCCGCCGCCGCCUGCGGGUGGGCCUGUUCCUGCGUUGGGGCCGGGUGGUGCGCAGGUUCAGGCUCCGGGGCAGUAUGAGCACCAACAUCAUGGCCGUGAUUAUGACCGUGGGCAUCAUUAUGGCGUUCACCAGCACGUUCAGGCUCAUUCGCAAGUUCAAGCUCAAUCUCAAGUCUUAGGCCAGCCUCAAGCCCAUCCUCAAGGGCAAGAGCGAACCCACCAGCCCGCUACACAGCCCGCGCCCCCGUCGUACCAGCCGUACCCCCCGCCGCCAGGCGUAUACCAGCCCCAGCCUGUAUACAUGCUCGCCGGCUCGCCGCCGCACGUCAUGUCUACGCCCGGCGGGGACGUUACGAUCGGCACUGCGGAGGCGCUCGGCGCAGGAGUGGGGGUCGGCGCGGGUGCAGGAGGAGGUGAAGCGGGAUAUAUACCGCCCCCGCCGGUCCUGCACGCCCGCUCGUCGCCCUCGGGCGGGUCGAUGCCGCUCGUGAGCCGCGUUGUGUCUCCCGCGCCCCAACCCCCGCCUCCAGCGCCGACGCUGCCGCUGCCGCCGCCGUUCGUGCCUGCUGCUACGAUUGCGAAGGUGAAGGCGAAGUCUCCGUCGCCGCCUAGGUCUGGACGUGCGAAUGGGCAUGGGCAUGCGAAUGGGCACGGAAAUGGGCACGGGUAUGGAAACGGGUAUGGAAAUGGACAGGGAAACGGGUAUGGAAAUGGACAGGGGAACGGGUAUGGAUAUGAGAAUGGAUACGGGCCAGACAAGAAGGGUAAUACACCAUCGCGAGGGCGCGUGGCGUCGCCGGCGUCGACGUCCGGGUGGGGCGACGUCGGCGGGGCGCCGCUGCCUGCGCCUGUGACGCCCGGCUCGAAGCCCGCGGAGAUGCAGCCGCCGCCGCCGCCAGUGCUGCACUGGGAGCCGGUGGGUGCAGGUGGGGGGUUUAGUAUGCCUGGGGGAUGAUCGGCGUGCUUUAUUUUUUCUUGUGCUCUUUAUCGAGUGAUUUCUUUUCUAUCUUGACUUUGACUUUUUUUCUUGGUCAUCUGGUUUCUCUAUUUUGGCCUAUAGAUUGGCUGAUUACUCUACUCACCCGUACUCUUCCCAUAUGUUUUUAUUGCUCACACACGGACGUACUCGUCAACGACAUUGUACGCUCAUACCCACGCAUGCACGUUAUGACUUUUUUCUGAUCAUGGUAUCCCGCAUAUAUACUUUACAUCGUCGUAUUACAAAACUUCAUAUGCAUAAGUUCCUCAUGCUGUCUAC